CCUGCUGGCCGCGCGGGGAGGGCCAACCUGGAUGACUAAACCCGAGAGAAACGCUGGUGGGCGGCUUGGGCGGGUUUCGGUGCCCGCGUAGGCCCUGCUUGCCCCGCAGCCACCACCCGCCCGGUGACCAUGAUAGUGUUCGUCAGGUUCAACUCCAGCCAUGGCUUCCCAGUGGAGGUGGAUUCUGACACCAGCAUCUUCCAGCUCAAGGAAGUGGUUGCUAAGCGACAGGGGGUUCCGGCUGACCAGCUGCGUGUGAUUUUUGCUGGGAAGGAGCUUCAGAAUGACCUGACAGUGCAGAGCUGUGACCUGGAACAGCAGAGCAUAGUUCACAUAGUGCAGAGACCGUGGAGAAAAAGUCUUCAGACAAACGCUUCUGGAGAGGACAAGCCCCACAACAUCUCAGGGGGCUCUGCCGGGGAGCCCAGGAGCUUGACGAGGGUGGACCUCAGCAGCCACAUCCUGCCGGCGAACUCCGUGGGGCUGGCGGUCAUUCUGGACACAAGCAGCAGCAGCGAUUCUGAAGCGGCCAAAGGUCCAGCAGGUAAACCCACCUACAACAGCUUCUAUGUCUACUGCAAAGGUCCCUGCCACAGAGUCCAGCCUGGAAAGCUCCGAGUUCAGUGCGGCACCUGCAGACAAGCCACCCUGACCUUGGCCCAGGGUCCGUCCUGCUGGGACGAUGUCUUAAUUCCAAACCGGAUGAGUGGCGAGUGCCAGUCUCCAGACUGUCCUGGAACCAGAGCAGACAGAGCCAUCAAACUCCUGCACUGGAUUUCAGUGUCCUGUGACGACUUAUGCUGGAGCUGCAGACCAGACUGCUCAGCCCCACGGUGGAGUCCAGAUGAACCCUAUGGCCCAAGAGAGAGCCCUGUCCUGGUCUUCCAGUGUAACCACCGCCACGUGAUCUGCUUGGACUGCUUCCACUUGUACUGUGUCACCAGACUCAACGACCGGCAGUUUGUCCCUGAUGCUCAGUUUGGCUACUCCCUGCCGUGUGUGGCUGGCUGUCCCAACUCCCUGAUUAAAGAGCUCCAUCACUUCAGGAUUCUUGGAGAAGAGCAGUACAACAGGUACCAGCAGUAUGGCGCGGAGGAGUGUGUACUGCAGAUGGGGGGCGUGCUGUGCCCCCGUCCUGGCUGCGGAGCUGGGCUGCUGCCUGAACAGGGCCAGAGGAAAGUCACCUGCGAAGGGGGCAACGGCCUGGGCUGCGGGUUUGUCUUCUGCCGGGACUGUAAGGAAGCAUACCACGAAGGAGAAUGUGACUCGCUGUUUGAAGCCUCGGGGGCCACCUCUCAGGCCUACCGAGUGGACAAAAGGGCUGCUGAGCAAGCUCGCUGGGAAGAGGCCUCCAAAGAAACCAUCAAGAAAACCACUAAGCCUUGUCCUCGCUGCAAUGUGCCAGUGGAAAAAAAUGGAGGCUGCAUGCACAUGAAGUGUCCGCAGCCGCAGUGCAGGCUGGAGUGGUGCUGGAACUGCAGCUGUGAGUGGAACCGAGCCUGCAUGGGUGAUCACUGGUUCGACGUGUAGAAGGAUGUCACCCAGGCCCUGGCCCUGGCCACAGCUUCUAACAGAAAAGAUGUCGACCCCUACCCUCUUAGUCAUUUCGUCCCCUCUAUGCAUACAAGCACAUACAUACACACGCACAAACACAGGCUGCAAAUUACAGAUGCGACCACUAGAGCCUUUCCACGGCACCCACGGCAACCAGCAGUGCCCGCUGGGCACCCAGCAAGAGGCUCUUUCAGGCUUCUGGUUUAUGCAAAUAUCAGAGCUGGGAAGAGGGCACAGCCCCUUGUUUUGGAUUCUCAGCCCAGCCCGAAUCCAGCUGGAUCAUCACAGGGGCAGAGGUUUUUCCAGGUUUACCUUUCUGCCUCCACUUUCACUAACUUCAUGUAGACGCCACAGGUGAAGCCAACAGCUUUCCGAGGCUGUCACCACGCUCUGAUUAUGUUAGAUGCUGUGUAUUCUCAGGAGCACACUCAAGAUUUAAGGAGCAGUGCUAUUAUUUAGCAAUCACCUCCUCCCAGAGGGCCCUCCCCAGCAAUAGUCAAAACUACUAGUUUAUCCCCAAGAAUCCUGUCUUUAUAAGUGGUGCUGAUGAGACAGGUCCGCGGCAUACAAAUCAGCUCAUCAAGCAAGCGAGGAACUGGGAAAGCUAAUUUGAGUGCCGGCUGUUUAAAUCACAGGGAGGGCGUCGAAGCUGAGCACACUGCCGUCCGUUCAGUUGCCUGUAACCUUAGAAAGAAAGAAUUUUUUUCCUCCUGAAAUUAUUACAAAGUCUGCAAUUGGUUUGAAGUAUUCUUGUUGCCACCUGGAAGCUUAGCCCAUUCGUUUGGCUUCAGUGUAAACUCAAUAGAGAAAGUACCUAUAAAGGGAUAUUUUUAGAAACAAUCCCGUGAUGCUAUUCCAACGCCAACAACAGUGCAGGUCGGGUUUAUAUUUAUGGAACAUUUACAGAAGGGGCAUUUCUAGAUCCUCUAAGUGAAAACAUGCCUGACCCCUCCAUCAGCGGGAUACACCUCUGUGCACCUACUCCCUCCCCAGCAGCUAAGCCCCAGGCAGGGCCUUUCGCGCAGGACAAUAAAUACACACUAGAAUAUUCUUCAGGUUAAUAUGCAUCACAUAUGAAUGUUAAUUUUUCAAAAUUUUAUUUUUUCCUAUUUUUUUAUUUUUGAGGCACGCACAACACAUAAAAACAAUAGCACUAGGUACUGUGAGCCGAAUUUUCUACCGCGCCAUGUGCGCAGGGGUGAGGCAUAGUCUCUGCCUUUCCUUCUCAUUUGAUAUUCUGGCUUCUCAGGAGGCUGAGCUGCUAGCUGAGGGUCUCUUUGGCACAUGAGGUCCCUUGGGACUUAAGAGACUUGGAUCUUCUGAAACCAAUAUGAAGGUGUAACCAACAGAAACCCUUGCUGGAGAGAGAAGAGGCAGUGACCUCAGAAUUUUCCAGGUCUUAUACCAAGAACAUCUGCUCCCCUACUCCAGGCAGCCUUACCCAGCCUCAUCCACAACUCUCCCCCAGGAGCUUUCUGCCCUCCCCUUCCUCUGAGAUGCUAGAACAAGACUGUGGUGUGAGGGGGUCAUAACAACGUGAAUGACCCCAUUUAAUAUCAGCUACUAGAAAAUCCUUCCACUCCUACACGCCCUAGGCCUGCCAGACCCGAGUCCAGAAGCCGAGGUGACAUGGAAACAAUGGUGUUGGUAUCUUGGAAAGUGAGGAAAGAUCAGCAGACCCAAGUCCACGCUUGCAUCCCGGUGGCCUCGUCUCCACCUCAGCCAGGUCCUGAAGGAGUGCCGCAUGCUCACCCAGAGUGGCAAGGCCACCUGUCCUGAGCACUCAGGGUUUUUCUGCCAACCGUCUCUGUUUUGUUUGCAGCAUUGCUCUUCCCGUCACAUCCUCCCACACCUGUGUGCUGUAAUGGUUUGGGAAGCCAGGACAAGGUCUCCUGUCCUGCUUGCUACAGAGACUCCCUGGAGCUCACUGGCUCUCCAGCAUGUUCCUUUUUUCUUUCUAGUGAUGGCCUAUGUUUUCUUCAGAAUAGAAUAGUGGUUCUGAAAAUGGCUUAAAGGGAAAGUAUCCACAGUGUGUGAGCAAGAGUCACCGCCUGUGUGUGUGAGCAUGAAUCGUGGGGAAGAAGUGGAUCAGAAGAAUGGAAACCUAUCCUCUGCAGGGCAAUCUGCCUUUUUCUGUGAAACGCAUUCAGAAAGAUUUGAAGGCUGUGUCCAUGGUGGUACCCAGACUGUCAAUAAAAGAAUCCAAAGAGUGUUUGAGCUUGUCCUUGGAGAUAUCUCUUUGAUAAAUGUUG